AUGUCCGACCAAGACGUUCAUCCAAACAAAUACAGCGAAUUGCGAAGUACCUAUAACUACUAUAUCGAUAUGUACAAUGCGUUGUAUCAGUUGAGAAAGGAAAAAGAAGAAGAAUUAAACUCGAUUUACAAAUUUAUCAAAACAGAAAUGAUUGAUUCAAAUAAAUAUCAUCCCGAAGAUAUGAUAAAAGACAUUUUAAAUCUCAUUCCGUAUAAUAAUCGCUAUGCAAAGUCAUAUUUAUAUCUUGCCAAACUCAUAUCUGAUGAAUAUCAUGUCAAAGAGGUCAAAAAUCUCAUAUUUGUUUCAAACUUCCUGUUUUACAAAGAAUAUGGAAUUAAAUUAGACAAAUCUAAAUACUUCCAAAAAGAUGAUUUUAAUUAUCUCGAUAUUCAUACAGAGAAUACAAUAUACAGAGCAAUUAUGAAUAAUGACAAAGAAAGAUUCAUCGCAUUCACGGAAAGAGAUGGAUUUGAUAAAAAUCAAAAACUUAAAAGCAGAUUAUAUCCAUAUUCUGACGAAGGAUAUUCAUUGCUUGAAUUAUGUUGUUACCAUGGAGCAGUUGAUUGUUUCAAGUUUUUAAGAACGAAAUUCCGCUCAAAUAUAACUCAAAAAUGUCUCGAACUUUCAUUUUUAGGUGGAAAUCCAGAGAUAAUGAGUGAAUGUUUGAAAUAUCAAAAACCAAAUGAAAAAUGCAUGGAAUAUGCAAUUAUUUCACAUAACAUUGAUUUUGUUACAUUCUUGAAGAAUGAGUACAAUAUAUGGAUCAAUUUAAAAUACUGUGGAUAUUACAAUAAUCUUGAAGCAUUUUUAGUUUGUUUCGAUCAAACUAAUAAUUUUGGCCAAUGCUUUGUUUAUUCACCAAUGUUUAAUAUUCCAUCCCUUAUCGAAUACUUCCUUUCACAUGGUGCAAAUAUCAAUAAAACAAAUAAAAAUGGAGAAACAGCAAUUCAUAUUGCAGCACGGCAAAAUUGUAAAGAAACUGCUGAAGUUCUCAUUUCACAUGGUGCGAAUAUGAAUAUAAAAAAUAAUGGUGGAGAAACAGCAAUUCAUAUUGCAGCACGGCAAAAUUGUAAAGAAACUGCUGAAGUUCUCAUUUCACAUGGUGCGAAUAUCAAUAAAACAAAUAAAAAUGGAGAAACAGCACUUUAUAUUGCAGCAUGGCAAAAUUGUAAAAAAAUUGCCGAAGUUCUCAUUUCACAUGGUGCGAAUAUCAAUAAAACAAAUAAAAAUGGAGAAACAGCACUUUAUAUUCCAGCAUGGCAAAAUUGUAAAGAAAUUGCCGAAGUUCUCAUUUCACAUGGUGCGAAUAUCAAUAAAACAAAUAAAAAUGGAGAAACAGCAAUUCAUAUUGCAGCACGGCAAAAUUGUAAAGAAACUGCUGAAGUUCUCAUUUCACAUGGUGCGAAUAUGAAUAUAAAAAAUAAUGGUGGAGAAACAGCAAUUCAUAUUGCAGCACGGCAAAAUUGUAAAGAAACUGCUGAAGUUCUCAUUUCACAUGGUGCGAAUAUCAAUAAAACAAAUAAAAAUGGAGAAACAGCAAUUCAUAUUGCAGCACGGCAAAAUUGUAAAGAAACUGCUGAAGUUCUCAUUUCACAUGGUGCGAAUAUCAAUAAAACAAAUAAAAAUGGAGAAACAGCAAUUCAUAUUGCAGCACGGCAAAAUUGUAAAGAAAUUGCUGAAGUUCUCAUUUCACAUGGUGCGAAUAUCAAUAAAACAAAUAAAAAUGGAGAAACAGCAAUUCAUAUUGCAGCACGGCAAAAUUGUAAAGAAACUGCUGAAGUUCUCAUUUCACAUGGUGCGAAUAUGAAUAUAAAAAAUAAUGAUGGAGAAACCGCACUUCAUAUUGCAGUAUGGAAUAAUAGUAAAGAAACUGCCGAAGUUCUCAUUUCACAUGGUGCAAAUUUUAAUGAAAAAAUAGUGGUGGAGAAACCGCACUUCAUAUUGCAGCACGGAAUAAAAGAAAAGAAACUGCUGAAGUUCUCAUUUCACAUGGUGCGAAUAUUAAUGAAAAAAUACACUUGGAGAAACCGCACUUCAUAUUGCAACAUGGCAUAA